GCUAGGCGACAAGCGGCUUGCGGACAGUUCGAGGGAGAUGGAUGACCACUGCUGGAUCGCCGGAGCAACAGGAUCAAGAAGCGACCGCGUUGGGAAUGCGCUGCUUGUGAUCUGGCGCGACAAGGAGAAGAAGCAGAGGAGGAGGAGGAGGAGGAGGAAGAAGAGGAAUUGCUUCAAAUGGUGUUACUCUAGUUUGAAAUGAGCCAGCGAUGGUGGGGAUCGAAGCUUUCGAUUUUCGCGAUUUUCUUACUGAGAGAUGGGGGCUUUUUUGCUCGCGGGGAUACGUUAGAGUCAGAUUUGGUCGCUAUGCAAGACUUAAGACGAAGCAUGAACAUAGUGUUGAACUGGUAUAAUGGAGAUCCCUGUGAUUCCGAGUGGCAAGGAGUUGCUUGCGAUGAUAGGAAGACAAGAAUUACUGGAAUAGCACUGAUCAACAUGAGAUUGAGCGGUAGCUUGCCAUCAUCUAUAGGGAAUCUAACAGGCCUCCAGUCCUUGGACUUGUCGCUGAAUCAAAACUUGAGGGGUCCAAUCCCCUCUUCUGUUGGAUUUCUCGUCAAUCUCGUCAGACUGAGUCUGCAAAACUGUGGCUUCAACGGGAGUAUUCCUAGAGAAAUUGGCAGUCUUUCGGCCCUCUCGUUCCUAGCUUUGAACGGAAACUUUCUGAGCGGAAGGAUUCCCCCAACUAUUGGCCUGCUCCAGUCUCUCGAUUGGUGCGAUCUAUCAAACAAUGCUCUUGACGGAGAGCUCCCGGUUAGCUCGUUUGGUGACACGGGCUUUGACAACCUGACAGUGUUAAGACACAUGCAUCUCAACAACAACAAUCUUUCUGGUGCCAUCCCGGCUGCGCUGUCUACAAUGCCAAAACUAUUUCACUUGCUGCUGGACAACAAUAACUUUUCAGGAGCCAUACCUCCAGAAAUCGGCAAUUUGCCACAGCUGAGAAUCUUGAGACUCGAUAACAAUAAACUUGAGGGUCCUGUACCUGAAACCAUCAGCCGCAUGGCUUUACUCCUUGAGCUACAUUUGACUAAUAAUCCGCUCAAUGGGAGCUUGCCAGACUUGUCUGCUGUUCAAAACCUACAGCUCAUUCGAUCAGGCUAUGUGAACUUUAGCCCGUCACAAAUACCACUGUGGUUGCUCAACAUGGCAAACCUUAAAACACUGGAAUUUUUCAAGGGAAACCUUGUCGGACAGAUUCCGGCGGAGCUAUUCAGUCUUCCAAACCUUGAGGCAGCUUUUUUGGAUGAGAACCGUUUGAAUGGCUCCAUCGACUUUAGCACUGCAAGCCGGUCACUGGAACUGGUUUCGCUGGAAGAUAAUGAGAUUUCUAGCGUAACAUCUGUGCCAAGUCCUUUGACGGUCAGGCUUUCAGGAAAUCCUGUUUGCAGCAAUAACAAUCCUGACAAGUUUUGUUCGAGCAAUGGGAGAAUAUGGAACCCUUCAGUCGAUCGAUGCCAUAUAAUGUGCGACGAUCAGAAAACUUUGCAACCAGCUACGUGCUCCUGCGCGUAUCCACUAAUAUGCACGAUACAGUUCAUUACUCCACCCUUCUCAGCAAUAACGGUGGACAGGAUUGACAACGUUACGGGGCAGCUUUCCGUGGCGCUCAACAUUUCCCGGGGCCAGAUAUGGAUUGGAAGUGCAGACUUCACGUCCAAUCAUCGCCUUGUCAUGAACAUCCUUUUCUUUCCGCCCGGCAAGAAUGUCUACUUGGACCAAAGCUUGGUGUCGAAGAUUAUUCUCUUGCUGAGCAUACAGAGGGUCAGCGUGCCUGAGUUUGGGCCUAUGUUGCUCACAAACGCAAACCAGCCACAAACAACACCUCCGGUGGCAGCCAAACAAACUAAGUUUAUGUUUAUUGUCACGUUGUGCGUCUGCGUCGGAGUUUCAGCUGCGAUAGCGGGUCUCUGUAUCGUUCUUCUCGUUGUAAGGAGAAAACGGACUAGGGGCCCAAGCCACGAUUAUGGUUUCAGCAGCAUUGGGGAGAUUGCUCCCAAGUUCAAAGGAUGCAAAUGGUUUACUCUGGACGACCUUAGGAAGGCAAGUGAUAACUUCUCAAGUAACCACUUGAUUGGUGUCGGUGGCUAUGGCAAGGUAUAUAAAGGACAGCUGCACACAGGAGAAUUAGUGGCAAUCAAGCGAGCCGAGAAAGAAUCCUUCCAAGGCCUUGAAGAAUUCCGAACCGAGAUCGAGCUGUUUUCACGCUUGCAUCACAAGAAUCUGGUGAACCUCAUCGGCUUUUGUACAGACGAUGGACAACAGAUGCUCGUGUACGAGUUCAUGCCCAACCGGACUUUAAGAGACCAUCUCUAUGAGCAAGCUCUCAAUUGGAAGACACGUCUCUCCAUCGCACUCGGCUCUGCAAAAGGGCUGGAAUACCUUCACGAGCUGGCGGAUCCCCCCAUUAUCCACAGAGACGUCAAAUCCUCCAACAUUUUACUGGACGAGAACUUGGUGGCUAAAGUUGCGGACUUGGGGCUCUCAAAGCUGGCGCCAACUUGCAGCGACGAAAAGACAUAUAGCAGUGUCCAAGUGAAGGGAACUCUGGGGUACCUGGAUCCGGAGUACUAUGCUUAUCACCAGCUAUCAGCCAAGAGCGAUGUUUACAGCUUUGGAGUGGUGCUCAUAGAGAUCAUCACCGGGAAGCAGCCGAUUGACAAUGGCAGUUUCAUCGUCAAAGAGAUCAAGGAAUCGGUUGCCUGGGGUGGUGUCGCUUCGCUGCUCUCGUUUGUGGACAAGCGACUCCUGGACGAGACGACUGUAGAACAGGUGAAGAAGUACUUCCGGCUGGCACUGCAGUGCGUGGAGGACUCCGGCCAGGACAGACCGAAGAUGAACGAGGUGGUGAAGAAGCUUGAGGAGAUAAUCAAGUUGCAAGAGGUGCAUGGCUCCAGUGAUCACCAACAAAAUCACCAACAAAACGGUGACAGUAACGAGAAGGAGGCCACCGGAGAGAGCAGCUUUGACGUUGGAGCUUUGAAUCCAGAGUUUUACGCUUGGUCCAGUGAUGACGCGGAAGAACCAACUUUCCAAGCUUUCGGUUUUACUGCAGCAGGGGAGAGGCAAGCCGGAUUGGACCACCGAUGUACAGUAGACGAUUGAAAAGAAGGGCUCUACAGUUUGAAAGAUUGCUAUAUGAGCCGUCCGAGUCAUUUUGAA